UUUCUGUUCCAGGCUUUUGGUCAGGCGCAUACCAACCACAAGAAAGUAGCAGCAGAUGGGGAGAGCAGAGAGGAGACUUUGAUUCAGGAAUCUGCCACAAAAGAAGAAUAUUACAUGAAAAAGGUUAUGGAACUGCAGACAGAACUCAAGCAGCUGAGGAAUGUCCUUGCCAAUACCCAGUCUGAAAAUGAACGCCUAAAUUCGGUUGCCCAGGAACUGAGAGAGAUAAAUCAGAAUGUGGAGAUCCAGAGAGGUCGCUUACGAGAUGACAUCAAAGAGUAUAAAUUCCGAGAAGCUCGUUUGCUGCAAGAUUACACUGAACUUGAGGAAGAGAACAUCUGUCUUCAGAAACAAGUAUCUAUUCUGAAACAGAAUCAGGUGGAAUUUGAAGGGCUGAAGCAUGAAAUCAAAAGACUAGAAGAGGUUACAGAAUUCCUCAACAGUCAGCUAGAAGAUGCCAUAAGGUUAAAGGAGAUAUCUGAACGCCAGCUUGAAGAGGCCUUAGAAACCCUGAAGACAGAACGUGAACAGAAGAAUAAUCUUCGGAAAGAGCUGUCUCAUUAUAUGAAUAUCAACGACUCCAUGUAUACCAGCCAUCUGAACAUCUCUUUGGAUGGACUGAAGUUUAGCGAUGAAACCACCGAGCCCAAUAAUGACGAGAUUGUGAACGGCUUUGAACCGAAUUGCCUGAGUAAAAUCAACAGUGGCAAUAAUAAAGCAUCAACACCCAAAAAAGCCGAUAGCUUCCCUCCAGCCCCUAGUUUGGUGAAUGAUCUUCUGAGUGAGCUAAAUAUAUCUGAAAUCCAAAAGCUGAAACAACAACUAAUGCAAAUGGAGAGGGAAAAAAUGAAUUUGUUGUCUACACUCCAAGAAUCACAAAAACAACUGGAGAACACCCGGGGUGCACUUUCUGAGCAGCAUGAGAAAGUUGGCAGGCUCACAGAGAACCUUAAUGCCAUGAAAAAGCUCCAGGUCAGCAAGGAACGUCAGUCUGCUCUUGACAAUGAAAAAGACCGAGACAGCCAUGAAGAUGGAGAUUAUUAUGAGGUUGACAUCAAUGGCCCAGAGAUCCUGGAGUGCAAGUAUAAAGUAGCUAUGGCAGAGAUUAGUGACUUGAAAGAGGAACUUAAAGGUCUCAAGGCUAAAUAUGAAGAGUGUGAAUCUAAGUAUGAAGAGGAUAAGGGCAGGUAUGAGACAGAAACUCAAGCCCUGACAGAAAAGAUCAGUUCCUUGGACAAAUGUAGUAGGCAAGAUAGAGAGCAGGUCAUCAGAUUGGAGAAGGAACUCAGGAAAGUCAGUGAUGUUGCUGGGGAAACACAGGGCAGCCUUAGUGUAGCCCAAGAUGAACUGGUCACCUUCAGUGAGGAAUUAGCCAACUUAUAUCACCAUGUAUGCAUGUGUAAUAAUGAAACCCCCAACAGAGUGAUGCUAGAUUAUUACAAGCAGGGCAAAGGAGGACGUACCAGUCCAGAGGGCAAAGGCCACAGAUCGCCAAUCCUGCUCUCUAAAGGUUUAUUGUCGAUAGACUUAGGAAAAUCAGAGAACGGGAGUGGUGAAAGCAGUCCUUCACCAGUUUCAUCCCUCCCUUCACCAGUAUCUGAUCCCCGGAAGGAACCUAUGAACAUUUACAACCUGAUUGCCAUAAUUCGUGAUCAGAUCAAGCAUUUGCAAGCAGCAGUAGAUAGAACAACUGAACUGUCGCGGCAGCGGGUGACUACACAGGAACUUGGGCCAGUAGUGGACAAAGAUAAAGAGGCGCUUAUGGAAGAAAUUCUUAAGCUGAAGUCUCUGCUAAGCACCAAGAGAGAACAGAUUGCAACACUGAGGACUGUACUAAAGGCCAACAAACAGACGGCAGAAGUGGCCCUUGCAAACUUGAAAAGCAAGUAUGAAAAUGAGAAGGCAAUGGUUACAGAGACGAUGAUGAAGCUGCGCAAUGAACUGAAGGCUUUAAAAGAAGACGCUGCAACCUUCUCCUCUCUGAGGGCCAUGUUUGCCACCAGGUGUGAUGAAUAUGUCACUCAGCUGGAUGAAAUGCAACGCCAGCUUGCUGCAGCUGAAGAUGAAAAGAAAACCCUCAAUUCCUUGCUGCGCAUGGCUAUUCAGCAAAAGCUGGCUCUGACCCAGCGCCUUGAACAUCUGGAGUUGGAUCAUGAGCAGUCCAAAAGGGUGCGCACAAAAUCCGCAUCCAAAGCCAAGAGUAGUAACCCCAGUGUAAGUCAUAUUCGAUCAUGUGGAGACAGGUCGGAAAGUUCUGUGCUUAAUAACCAGGUUUUUUGCAGUGAUAAGUAUAAGAUCUGUUGUGAUUAAAACAGAAUAUAGGAAGCCGUAAAUACGCAUCUGAUAUUUGUGCUUUUGAAUGUCAGCAUUAAUCCCCACUAUAUUAAUAUUGCAGUGAUGAGUGGAUUUAUAUUAGUAUGUUGUUAAACCAUGUAAUACAAAGUGUAUUAUAGUGGUCUUAACUGUAACUGAGUCACAAGCAUGGGUGGGGAAAAGGCUGUUAAGAAGUUAAUGGUGGAAGAGUAUUUGCUGUUUCCAAAAUGAAUGGCUUUGGUUUUGUGGGUUAUGGGUAAGUGCUAAAGAAGCAUAUCAGGUACAGUGUACCCGCUGUUACUAACCGAUGCUUUUUCCAGAGUUGCGAGUAUGUUUCCAGGGAUGGAGAUGGCAAAACUGUCUCCUUGGUUAGUAGGCUUGAGAAGUGAUGGAAUCUAGCUUCUAAAGUCAGAAGUAUAAUGGGGGUAUUAAAAAUGGACCAUUAAAUCUGCUGCAGUGGUUAAAUUGCUGUCAUUAUCAUUGCUUACAAAUUCAAAAAUCUUUCCUCUAAGUUUUAAAUAUUUAGGCAAACUAUGGGGAAGAAGGCAACCUUCUGAAGCCCUUUAGUUCCCAGCUCUGCUUGGCUUCUUGGGCUUAAGCUAUAAAAAAGUUGCACAUGAAAAAAAAUGAAAUAUGCAAUAUAAUAUUGCCUGUUUGGGAGGAGAAUUUAAUGGUUAAGGAACACAAAGUAGAACACUACAUCAGAGCAGAUAUGGUGUAGAAUACUACGCUACAAUGAUAGGAUAUUAUAGCUUCUGGCAAUUAAUAUGCCAGGAAGAAGGGUGGAUUACACAUUGGACAUUAUCUAGUGUUAAGCUUAUUUAACUUUCCUUGAUUUUAGUGGGACGACUGCAUAACUGUUUCCUGCUGCAAUCAAAGAGAUUUCAUAAUGCUUAGAGGAUGUCCAUUAUUACUAUCUAUGUGUAUAGAAUUAAUAGGAGUAUGUUCUAGUAUUGUCAAGUUGCGAUGCAGUUUCUCCUUAACUGUCAGUAUUACAGCUUUAUAGGAUAGUAUUAAUGAGCUCUAAGUUUUGUUUAAAUAAAACAAAAUCAUAUUUCUUAUGCAACCACACACUUCACAGGGCUCUACAUUCUAGGCACUGGAAACUAAAUGAUUAGUUUAUUCUUGGUUAUACAUAAUUGUG